UUUAAGUCUCCCCACUUCUACAGCAAUGCCAUUCCUCCUACUGUGUUCUAACAGCUUGCUCUGGGGGCUGCCACAGCACACUGAAUUGCAUCACAUCAAUAAUAGGAAUCCAAUGAAGACAUUUUUCCAUGCUGUCUGGUGGGUGCUGUUGGGAAUAACCAUACUUACCUCCCCAGCACAUAGCUUUGUUCUUAAAAUCGGACUGCUUGGACCCUGGAACUGUGAUCCCUUCUUUUCCAAAGCCUUCCCCCAUGCUGCUGCCAGGUUAGCAGUGGAACGAAUAAGCAAAGACCCUUCAAUAGAUCUUGGCCAGAGGCUGGAUUACGUGGUCCUGCAAGAAGAGUGUGAGACAUCAAGAGCCUUGGUUAGAUUCAUUGACUUUGGAAAGACUUCCUCAGUUUUCAUAGGCCCUUUGAACCCUGGUUUCUGCGAGGAGGCUACAUAUUUAGUGGAAAACUGGAAUAAAGCCAUCUUCUCAUGGAUGUGCAUCAACUACAAACUGGAUUCUACCACCCACCACCCUGCAUUUGCCAGAACCCUGCCUUCUCCAACCCGAGUUUUGUUUACAAUAAUGAAAUAUUUUCAGUUGGCUCACGUUGGCAUCAUUGCUUCCAAUCAGGCAGUUUGGAUGGACACAUCCAACAAGUUAGCGAGCGCACUCAGGAACCAGGGGCUGCCUGUAGGCAUUGUUACAUCCAUGGGUAAGGGAGAAAAAGGCAUUGAAGACACUUGGAACAAGAUCAAAGAAGUUAGUGGCAUUAAAAUUAUCCUUCUGUGCAUGCAUUCUGUGCUCAUUGGAGGGGAGGAACAGGCUGCCUUACUCAAAAAAGCACAGGAAAUGGGACUAACGGAUGGAAGAUACAUCUUCAUUCCAUAUGACACUUUACUUUACAGCCUUCCUUACCCAAAUAACUCAUUCUAUGUCCUCGAAAAUGACAGAAAGCUCCAGGAAGCUUAUGAUGCUGUGCUGACCAUCACACUGGAGUCUGGAAACAGGACAUUUUAUGAUUCAUUCAGGGAAGCUAAAGAAAAUGGUGAAAUAGCCAGUGAGCUAGAAGAUACACAGGUUUCUCCACUCUUUGGGACAAUCUAUGAUGCCAUUUACUUCAUGGCACUGGCAAUAAAUGGUGCACGGAGGAAUGGAGCCUGGGUCUCAGGAUCUAAUAUAACAGAACAUACGAGAAACAUCAGUUUCCAUGGAUUUAGCCAUUGGGUAGAGACAGACAGCUGUGGGAGGUGGCUGUGCAAUUAUGUGGUACUGGACACUGAUGGUCAUGGGAGCCAGCUGUCCCCAACCCACUUGCUGGACAUGUCUUCAGAGUCUGUAAAACCCUUAGGCAAGAACAUUCACUUUCCAAGAGGAGCCCCACCCAAGAAAGACUGCAGCUGUUGGUUUGAUCCAGAUGUUCUCUGCUCUGGAGGAAUUGAGCCUACAAUCAUGAUUUUGGGUGCAAUGCUGGUAUUUGCCCUGGUGCUGUGUGCUGUGGGCCUGGCUUAUCUUAUCAGGCAUAGCAUCCUGAACAGCCAGUUAUUCAGAGGUCCUAACAAGAUCAUGUUGACACUGGAGGACCUCGUCUUUAUCAACCCAGAGAUGCAUAAAAAGAGACUAACGUUGGACAGUCUGACUGAUGCAAACAGUGUAACAGCUGAAAGCAGAAGCCAGAAAUCCACAAUCCGCUCUGGUUCCUUCAAAAGCAAUUCUGCCACCCAUGAAACCUCCAACGUGGCUUUGUAUGAGGGAGACUGGGUAUGGCUGAAAAAGUUUGAGACGGGAGCAAUUCACCAUCUGCGGCAAAGCUCUACCAGCAUCCUGAGGAAGAUGAAAGAUCUGCGUCAUGAAAAUGUGAAUCUGUUCCUGGGCUUUUUCUCUGACUGUGGCAUCUUUGCCAUAGUGACAGAGUACUGUUCCCGAGGAAGUCUGGAAGACUUGCUGAGAAAUGAAGAUAUGAAACUGGAUUGGAUGUUCAAGUCCUCCCUCAUGAUGGAUCUAAUUAAAGGAAUUAGGUAUCUGCACCACCGAGAUUUUGCCCACGGACGUCUGAAGUCUCGUAACUGUGUUGUGGAUGGACGGUUCGUGCUGAAGAUCACUGACUAUGGUUAUAAUGAGCUCUUAGAAGCCCAGAAAUGCCCUUAUGUUCAGCCUCCUCCAGAAGAGUUGCUCUGGACAGCCCCUGAGUUACUGAGGGACCCAGACAUGCGCAGAAAAGGCACGUUCAAAGGAGACAUUUACAGCUUUGCAAUUAUCCUACAAGAAGUUGUUGUUCGGGGCCCACCAUACUGCACUUCAGAACUCUCAGCUGAAGAAAUUAUAAAGAAGGUGAAGAAACCACCUCCCUUGUGCCGCCCAAACAUAGCCCCUGAGAUGGCCCCCCUCGUGUGCAUCCAGGUAAUGAAGCAAUGCUGGGUUGAAGCCCCUGAGCGUCGUCCCACUUUUGAGGAGGUAUUUCAUAAGUUCAAAACCAUCAACAAAGGCAAAAAGACCAAUAUAAUUGACUCAAUGCUCAGAAUGCUUGAACAGUAUUCAAGCAACUUGGAAGAUUUAAUCAGGGAGCGGACAGAAGAGCUAGAGAUUGAAAAACAGAAGACAGAAAAACUCUUAUCACAAAUGCUUCCUCCAUCAGUAGCAGAAGCCCUCAAGACUGGUGGCACUGUGGAGCCUGAGUAUUUUGACCAAGUCACCAUCUACUUCAGUGACAUUGUGGGCUUCACAACCAUUUCAGCCCUCAGUGAACCCAUUGAAGUAGUUGACCUCCUGAAUGACCUUUAUACUCUGUUUGAUGCUGUUAUUGGAAAUCAUGAUGUUUACAAGGUAGAGACCAUUGGAGAUGCCUACAUGGUUGCCUCAGGGCUUCCGAAACGGAAUGGAAACAAGCAUGCAGCUGAGAUAGCCAACAUGUCCUUGGACAUCCUCAGCUCCGUCGGCACCUUCAAGAUGAGACACAUGCCCGAGGUGCCCGUCCGCAUCCGCAUCGGCCUGCACUCGGGGCCCUGUGUGGCAGGUGUAGUUGGCCUGACGAUGCCGCGGUACUGCCUCUUUGGAGACACAGUGAACACAGCAUCACGAAUGGAGUCCACGGGUCUACCUUACAGAAUUCAUGUCAGCCAAAGUACGGUGGAUACACUUCGGUCUCUAAAUGAAGGCUAUGAAAUUGUUCCUAGGGGAAAAACAGAACUGAAGGGUAAAGGAGUAGAAGACACAUAUUGGCUGGUUGGGAAAAGAGGAUUUCUGAAGCCCUUACCUAAACCUCCUGAAAUUAAGCCAGGCCACAACUGGUCAGGCAUGUUGACCAGGAAACUUAAAUUUGUCCUGAGGAACACAAAGAGGACACUGACAAAAAAAGCCUUUAAAGAAAUGGGGAGCAUAAAGGAGGCUGAGAUAAGUAUUGAAGAGGAAGAAAUCUGAGAACAAUGAAGAACUAAUAAGACUGUGGUGGAUACACUGAAGUCAACCCCAGCAGAGAAGCCCACACCCUACAUUUAGUUUCCUUCCAGGUAAAGGAAGUAGAAUUGCUACGGCCUCAUAGCUCUUGCAGGUGGAUGAAUCCUGACCAUCAUUUUUGGUUGAACCUGGGCCCUGCUUCAUUGUGAUUUCACUUGUGUAAUUUUGGAAAGAGAGUAAUGGUGGUGGGUAGUAACCACUUCUUCAUCAGUAUUCCAGUCAGUCAGAAAAUGCAGAACAGGCUAAACACUUUGCAAUAAAUAGAUUUGUUGUUGUUGUAGGAAACUCAGGUUUCAUGAAGAUCAGUACAAUUCACAAGAAAGUGUUUUUUUCACAACAGCAAAAAGAGAUUCUAUACUCCCCCACAAAUGUAAAUUUUGAAUCAAAAUGUUUUGGUUGCUGUAUGUCAAUUUCAGCUGGAACGGUGUCUUGUAAACUGACAUUUCAGUGGCAAAUGCUGUUUUAAUGUUAUCUUCAAACUAAAAUGACAGUUUUGAAACUAAGCAGUUCGGUAUGAAUCAAUACUUGUUUCCAAAUGCCAAAAUGGGAUUCUGAUCAAAAUGUCAAAAUAUGUCAUCCUUGCAAUUCUAGAUCUAAACUGAACCCUCCCUUCUUUUUCCUGCUUUAUACACACACCUAUGUACUCCAUCUAAAACAUUUCAUGUUCAUCAUCCCAAAGGAGGAUGAAGAGAGAAUGUCAAGGUGUUGGAAAACUGAACUGCAGAGAAUGAUGUUUUGCUUCCCUUUAGCUGAGUGAUAACAAGGCAUGAAUUUUCUUAACUUUAAAGGUGAGGCUGAGAGAAGGAAAGUUCCAUCAUUUAAUCAAUAAAAAAAAAAGCCUGAAGCAUCACACUUUUUUUCCUCCUCAUUCUCUAAGUAGUUUCAAAGCCACUGGUGUUCAAAGUAAGCCAUCAGUGAGCAAAAGCAGCUUUUUUUGCCAAGGGCCAGCUCUUGGACUGUAGGUGCUGCCCACAGAGCACUCUUCAUCAGUGUCAAAUACUUUGGUUGUUGGCCACUUCUCUGUCCAUUUUUUUACUCUUUCUUUGGCUUCUAAGAAACUUCUGAGAAUUGUUAAUGUCGCCCCUUCCAGGCUGCAGAGAACUGCAAAUGGGGUAAUUUAAUCAGUAUUGCCACCAAAAGGUGCUCAGUGAAAACACCAAGACCUUCCUCAAGCCCCAAUUAAACUCUUUUCAACACAGAACCCGGAACUUCCACCAGUUAAAUGGUUUCUACCAGUUAAAUGAUAAAUAACAACCAAUAACUCUCUUAGAUUACUGAAGAAAAAUGUUCAUGAAAGGAAGCAAGUCAGACACAAAAGGCUAAGGAAGUUACUGUCAGAGCAGCUAAUUCACCAUGCUAAGUAUAAUACGUGCAUUAUCAAAGUCGUUCAUGUUUUAACUAUUAGUGAAAAUAGGAGGAAACUUUAUUCAUGCUCUUCAAAAUCCAGAUUUUACUCUGUGGCAUUGGUCAUUUUGGCUGUAACUGUUGGCUGUUUUGGAUGAAAGCUGGUAUUCCAGGUGGGAGAAGCUGGCAUUUGAAAGAUAGCUGUUAAGGGGCUGUUAUGUCACUUCAACUCAAAUUUUUAGAGUCAUAGAAUCAUAGAAUGGCCUGUGUUGAAAAGGACCACAAAGAUCAUCUAGUUCCAACCCCCUCCUAUGUUCAGGGUUGCCAACCAGCAGACUAGGCUGCCCAGAGCCAUAUCCAUCCUGGCCUUGAAUGCCUGCGGGGAUGGGGCAUUCAUCCUUGGGCAACGUGUUCCAGUGCGUCAUCACCCUCUAUGUGAAAGUUCAUCCAGGAAAAACAUUCUGUGGAAGAUGCAGGUUAAGCAGUUCUCUCUCAGUAUACCUCAAUACAUACUUCCAGGGAAGGAUGUCAUCUGGGUUGCUCAGUACAAAUUUGAGCUUGAAAUCAGCUUAUGUAUAUUUUCCGUAGUCUUCCCAUGUUAAAAACAUUCGUCAGAGCUGUUCUGUUGCAUAGCUUUGUGGCUUACAAUAACUUUCCUCUUGUCUAAAAACGCUUCUCAGAAAUUCAUGUUUUCUAUGGGAAUCUGAUGAUCUCCUCCACCUUUGCUUUUGACAUGGCAUUUCCUCUGAAGUAAGAGUUGGAUCAUUGGGUUUGCCUUGUGUAUGACUCGGUGUAUUCAAGGCUGGCCUCCAAAUGAAGGGAAACACUUACAGGAACAUAACGAAGUGGGUGGCAACCCUGCCCACAGCAGGGAUUUGGAACUAGGUAAUCUUUGAGAUCCCUUCCAACCCAAGCCAUUCUCUGAAAGGAACAUUAUCUACGUAUAGCUCUGUAAGGUGCAGUCAGAGACUCAAGAUAUCUGUCAGCUUCAGGAACAUGCCAUCAUCCCUCCUGAAUGACUUCUCAUUGAUCCACUUAUAUGGCACUGUAACAGUGAGCAGGCAGGAGAAUAACCUUCUAUUUCAGAUAUGUGUUAAGUUGAAGACUGUAAAUGCAUGAGGAAAAAAACCAACAACAAUACAGUAACAACCAUAAAGCAACUCUUCAGUUGACCAUGGUGUAUAUUUUCCACCUUCAGUGGUCUACAUAUAGGCAUGGAUACAUAAAAUAUGUUUCAGUCUUAGGGCAUCCUGCUUUUGAUUUCAUAUUUACACACUAAAAAUAAUAUUUUGAGUGUGUUUUUUGUUGCAAAAGGAGACACUGUAAAGAAAAUGUUCAAUAGCUGUAAACUUUUUUCCAGCUGAAGAGCAUUUGUACAAGAAGAUUUCAAUCUGCCCUUCUGCACACAGUUUUUGAAUUCCUUCUUCAGUCUGUUGUCUUCAAAAAUAAACAGCAUUCUUUGAAUUCACUAAAAAAAAAUAAAAUAAUAAAACAGUCAAUCUGUGGGAAAAGGGAGCAGAAAAGCAAAGUUCUGAACACUGACGACUUGAGUAAUCCCAAGAUAAUUCUAAAUUCACUUUGAAGCCAGCGGUGUUUUUUUAACUCUUAAUUCCAACAGGAAGAGGCCAAGGACUCAUCCCAAAGUGUGAUAACCUCUGCUGUUAGAAGACUAUAAAACAUAUCUAUAAUUUCCUGGCAUUGAUCUGUCCAGACAGGUUUAGAUUGAUGCAUGAGAUUUCUUACCGUACUUAAUGUAAUCAUUGUAUCACACUCUUUUCUUGUUAUUUUGCUCCUAAAAUAGUGUCUGAGUUUUAUAAGAGGAAGAUAUUUGCUGGAAGCAGGAAAUCUAAGUUUUCUAGCUUUACAUACAGCAUCUCAGGUGAUUGCAGACAGAUCUCUUGGUUGAUUUCUUGGACAGGCAUACACUCAGGAAAAUACUAUCAACCAGUGAUUGCAGGAAGGUUUGCUGCUCAUUUUAUGGGAUAAAUUUUAACGUAAUCAUGCAAAUCAUGCUGGCAGCUGUAGGAGGUGCACUUUUGUCCAAUACUCGCUGUCCAAAAAUAGUUUAUAUUUCCUAUAGGGUCUACAGUAUUUUUAACAGUGAAUUAAAUCCAAAUGUCAAUAAAGAUCUUUGGAGACCUGUUCCUCU